AUGUGUCCAUCCAGCAAAAGAUCAUGGUCUAACUCAUCCGCCCUUAAACUAGAACAGCUCGAAAAGGAAGUCCAAACUAUCAAGAAUGCCGUCAACCCGAGCCCCGUCUCCGCCACCGGCAUACUCCCCCCGGCCGCUCUACCCCUGCCGCUGCCGAGCCCGAGUACCGCCUACCCCGGAGCCGCAAGCGCCUUUUCGGACCACCGGCCACCCCCCUCUGCGUCGAGGAUGAGCCUGCCGGCAUUGUCUCCCGUUCAGCAGGCUCGCCAGCCAGAGCAGGUCCCGACGCCGACCCUCACGUCUCACACGACGCCCACGGGUCCUGCGAGGCAGCCCGCGCAGCCGAGGGCCCUGGGUUCCAAGGUCCUUUCUGGGGAGGAUAUUGACUUUUACUUUGACCACUACUUCGAGCACUUUCACCCCUACUUCCCCAUAGUCCGCUCCCAGGACCCAGACAAGCUCUACAAGCAGAGCCCGAUCCUCUUCUGGACCCUCAUCGCCAUCUCCUCGCGGCGAUACACCCGCGACGCCGGUCUCUUCCCCUUCCUCAUCGAGAACCUGCCCCGCGAGGUCUGGGCCGCCGUCUCGAGCCCGCCCAUCACCAUGUCCACCGUCGACGCCCUGCUUGUUCUCUGCACAUGGCCCUUGCCCUCCAUCCGCUUUCUCAACGACCCGUCGUCCUCGUACGUUGCCAUCGCGCAGAACGCCGCGCUGCUGCUGGGCUUGCACACGGGCCGCGGGACGCAUCCCGAGUUUUGUAUAGGGCCUAACCGGCAGACUGAUAUUACUGACGAGGAGGCGUGUUUUACGUGGAUGGGGUAUAACAUCCAGGCUCAGAGAGUCGCCUCGAGUAAUGGUUUCCCGCCUCCGGCCGGCUUCUUCAACGAAGCCGUCAACAGGGCUGCCGGCGGGCGAUCUCUCCCCGAUGCUCUGGGGUAUUUUGGCCUACUGUAUGAGAUGCAAAAGUUCUCCAACAGGCUGAGCCGAACCGUCUUCUCCGUCGCCGAAGAAGGAGAAGGCGUACCGGACACCGUCAUUCAGCUGUUGGAAGACGAGCUGAACAAGCUGAAGCAGCUACAGGCUCGACACAACUCUGACCUCGACCUCUUCACCAUCCUAGCAGUCCAAUUCGAGCUCCAAUCCUACUACUUCAUCCCCCUCUCCACCGUAGACAAACCCACCUUCCGCCAUAACGUAAACCGCGCCUACAGCACAGCCCAAGCCCUCAUCAACCUGUCAUUACGCCUCGAGUCCUCGCACCGCUUCCUCCUACACGCCCCGCAACACGUCUUCCGCACCAUCCUCGACGCCGCCGCCGUGGUAUUCGACGUCCUCGUCUCGGGCCACGCCACGGACGUCGAGCUCGCCAACGCAGACGUGUCCGUCAAGAACGCGCAGGAGGCUCUGCGGCGGUGUUCUGUGCAGGAAGGUGAUUUCGCCAUGCGCGUGCUGCGCAUGUCGGAAAGUUAUUGGAGUCUGAGGCACAUGAUGCCCAAGCUGGAGGCACCUAUUUCGCAGUAUCCGCAUCGCACGGGUGCUGUCAUUGCGUUUGGGACGCUAAGGAGGUGGAAGAAGGAGCUUGAUCAGGCGAGGGUCGGGCAAGGCGGGCCCGGGGUCGGUGGUGUUGGUGUUGGUGGAGGAGGGGGCGGCGGAGGAGGCGGAGGACAGGGUACGGGGGCGGGGGGCACGGCGUCGACGCCGGCGGCGACGGAUGCGAACGCGAGCGUCGUGCCGACGAGUGACCCGCUGCAGGAUAUCGACUGGUCGAUGCUCAUGGACGACUUUGACUGGACGGCCGGGGGCGGAGGAGAGCCGAAUUUCCUUGGUCUUUCAUAG